UAAGUUUUGUUCGUACAUCGGUAUAUAUCGUUAUUUGAUCGUUAUAACCAAUUCGUUAGAAUUGUGCUCUGUGGUUAGAAUCAGAAUAACUUAUUAGACCAUAUUGAACUAGUUGUUGGUUUUAUUAUUAAGUUUUUUUCUUUAUAAAUAAAAGAUGGCGCAAAACGGGAUAAAUUUUCCACAUGAUGAAUAUAAUUAUUUGAAUCUUGUAAAGAAAAUUAUUGAAACAGGUGAUAAACGGAUUGACAGAACUAAUGUAGGCACUCUGUCUAUUUUCGGCGCGAUGCAAAGAUAUUCUUUAGAAAAUAACGUAUUACCAUUACUUACUACUAAAAGAGUAUUUGUAAGGGGUGUAAUUGAAGAACUACUGUGGCUGAUAUCUGGAAGCACAGACAGUAAAGUGCUAGCUAAUAAAGGAGUACAUAUUUGGGAUGCAAAUGGUUCCAGAGCGUUUCUUGAUAAUUUAGGUUUUACUGAUAGAGAGGAAGGAGAUCUCGGUCCUGUAUAUGGAUUCCAAUGGAGGCACAGUGGAGCCAGAUAUGUAGAUGCAAAAACUAACUAUGAGUCACAAGGAAUUGAUCAACUUCAAAACAUUAUAAACACCCUCAAAAAUAAUCCCAGUGAUAGAAGGAUGUUAAUGUGCUCCUGGAUUCCUUCUGAUCUAGGCAAAAUGGCACUUCCACCAUGUCACUGCUUAGCACAGUUUCAUGUGGCCAAGGGAAAAUUGUCCUGCCUAUUGUACCAAAGAAGUGCUGAUAUGGGCUUGGGUGUUCCCUUUAACAUUGCAAGUUAUGCUUUAUUGACACACAUGAUUGCACAUGUAACCAAUUUGCAGGCUGGAGAGUUCAUUCACACUACUGGGGAUACUCAUGUGUACCUUAACCAUAUUGAACCCUUGAAAAAACAGCUGGAAAGAGAGCCAAGACCUUUUCCAACAUUAGAAUUUGCACGCAAAGUUGAGAAUAUAGAUGAUUUUAAAUAUGAAGAUUUUAUCAUCAAAGACUAUAAGCCUCAUCCAAAGAUUGAAAUGGAAAUGGCCGUGUAAACGUACAUUUUUGUAUAUGAAUAAGAAUUACUAACCUUAUUAUUAAUCUAUAUUUUGCUAUAGGUCUUAUCCAAAGAUUAUGAUUGAAAUGAUGGUGGAAAAUAUUUUUGUACCAUGUUACUUUUACAUAAAUCUACUUUUAGCAGUCGCUAUCUUUAUAUUAAAUCAACAUUGUUCUACCAACAUUGUCAUAGGAAUUAGAUAACAUAUUUUACUGAAAUUUUCAUGUUUAUAUUGUAAUGUGUAUGUGAUGAGAUGUGCCUUUAUUAAAAUUAAGUACUACUUAAGAAAGAAAUGUAUGUAUAUACUCAGUAUUUUGGAAUAUAAAUUAAGCUUAUAUUCAUAAUGAGAAAACUAAACAAUAAUGUUAAAUGUAGGUCGUUGAUUUUAAUAAAUCUACUUUCAUGAUAA